GGUCUCUCGACUCUCAAUUGAGCAUGCGCAUUGAGCGGUUUCAGCGCGAGGACAUCUGUAUGUGUAACGGUGUUCACAAAAUCUUCAAUAUAUUCGUAAAAUAGGUGGGCAGAAUGAAUCAGGCCUUCGCUCCGAGGUUGAUGAGACCCAAUCUCCCCCUGAGGAGACCUGCAACUGGACCAGGUUUAUUUACACCUAGAUGUCCAGCACCACCAGUUCAUGAAGUCCAUCAAGAGCAGCUUCUAGCAAGUGACGUUCUGGAGGGCCCUAAAGGUGAUGCUGUCCGAAAAGAGAACAGUGUGGUCCCAGCAAAGAGCAAUUGUGAUAUGGCAAGGACCAUGCUGGGCCCACUGGUGAAGUUGUGUAACUACUGCAGUCACCAGGGUAACUUCAGGUGCACCCGUUGUAAAAAGACCUGCUACUGUUCUGUAGCUUGUCAGACAGAGGAUUGGAAAGCUCAUCGACAUGUUUGCAAACCUAGCAACCCUGAAGUUGCCAGUGAGAAAGCAAAGGAAUCCACAGCUGUGUCAUGUGGAAAUGGGCUUGGUGUCCUUCAAGCCAAGGACAAAUGCAUUGAUGUACAGGCAAAAAGAGUGUAUCGGCGCGAUAUGCGCAAGAACACUAUUUCCAAAGCAACUGUGAUACAGGGUACAGUGAUUGAACUGAGGAACCCUGGAAAGUUCUUCAUCCACCUCCAGUCGGUGGAGAUGAUGGAGUCCUUGAAGAACAUCACCACUGAGCUCCAGAAAGCCUACAGCACAUCAUUUUCCGCCCCAUUCAAGCUUGAAGUUGGGGAGCUCUGUGCUGUUAAAUUUUCUCUUGAUCGGAACUGGUAUCGGGCUGAGGUUCAGUCUGUUGAUGUGGCCCGUCGAACUGCUAGUGUAGUUUACAUUGACUUUGGCAACGAGGAGGAAGUUACUAUUGACAACAUAAGGCCUCUCUCUGCCAGCAUCGACACCGCACCACCCUUUGCUUUGGAGUGUUGUGUGGCUGGGGUGACACCUCUGACAGGAACCUGGACAGGCGAAUGCACUAUUGCUGUUCAACAGAUGUUUGCUGGAAAGAGUCUCACUUGGACUGUGGUGGACGUCAUGAACGACGGAACUCUGUUUGCGGUGGACGUUCCUCUAAGCACACUCGGCAAAUACUUGAGCACUUUUCUAAUAGACCAGGGCUAUGCCGUAAAGGUUGUUCCUGACAAACCGCGGAGUGAACAAGACAUCAAUUCUCUCCUGACAGCCUCCUUCGAGAACUUCAAGCGUUUGUCGGGUGGAAAGAACGAGAACUCUGAAGCCAGGCCUCCUGAGCCUUUGACUCAGGGAGUGGGUGACACUUUCACAGCUAUCGUCACACACAUCCAGUCUCCUUCAGAGAUCCUCUGCCAGAAGCUCGAAAAUGCCUGUAUAAUCCAGCAGCUGCAGAUGAGUUUGAGGGAGCAUUGCUUAAACACUCCAGCUAGUGAGAACUUCAGACCUGCACCGGGAACCGUCUGCUGCUCGCUUUUCUUUGAGGACAACCAGUGGUACAGAGCGAAAGUUCUGGCAUAUUCUUCAGAGGACCGCGUAUGCAUCGGUUACAUAGACUUUGGCAACUCAGAGGAGGUUGAGUUGCAAUGUCUGCGACCCAUCAGCAUGGAGCUGUUGGCUUUGGCAACUCAAGCAAUUCCCUGUUGUUUAGCAGAUAUAAAGCCACCCACUGGCACAUGGUCAGAGGAAGCCAUUCUAAUGGUGAAAAGCCUUGUCUGCAAUCGCUUCAUUCGAGUUGUCAUAAUGGGUAAGAAGGACGGUAAGGCUCUGGUGACCAUGACCGAUGAAUCCAGUGACCCCCAGACCAACCCCGGUGAGCUGUUGGUUACCAUGGGUUACGCCGUCGUAGAAAGUGUGCAGACGGAGAACAAAGAACCAGCCGCCCAGGAACAGCCUCAAAUGCCCUCCCUCACUGGCCCAGCUUCUGAGAAGCUGGAGUGGACUUGUGCCGAACUUCCCUUUGAUGGCCAGAAGGUGGAGCUGGUUGUCAGUACACUGAAACGUCUUGAUGAGUUCUACUGUUAUAACUACAGUGCAGGAGAUGUACACGUCCUGACAGAUCUAAACCGUGAGCUCAUGAAGCAUUGUGAGUCACAGCGAGCUCCCUUCACGCCAAAUGUGGGAGAGCCCUGCUGUGCUCUCUUCCCCGGUGAUGGCCAGUGGUAUCGGGCUAUGGUUAUGGAAGUGUGUGGAGUGGAUAAAGCUAGAGUUUAUUUUGUGGAUUUUGGCAACUCCUGUGAGGUGGAGUCAUCUCAGCUGAAGGCCAUCUCCCAGAUCCUGCUCAAACUCCCCUACCAAGCUAUACGCUGCUGGCUUGCAGGAGUUGAGCCAGUGGAGGCUCAGUGGAGUAAAGAGUCACUUCAGAGGUUUCAUGCUCUGUGUGCCAGUCAGCAGUUGAGCGGGAAAGUGCUGUCCAUCACUGAGAAAGGAUAUGGGGUGGAACUGGAGAGCGGAGGACAAAGCAUCGCUGCUCUGCUCAUCUCUGAGCAACUGGCCAAGCCUUAUGGACAGAAACAAACCCUACCAAAGCCAGCUACAUCUUCCAAUCAGAUUGAGGCUUUGCCCACACUUAAACCCAUUGAUCAGAAACCACCUGCUGAAGAGACAUCUAAAGUGAAUAACAAGGGGGCUGAAAAUGGCCUAGCACAGUCAACCACAUCAAGUGCCUGUUUCCAUUUGAACUGGAAGACGUUGGAGCUGCCUUGCAAUGAGAAAUUUCAGCCUCGGGUGGCAGCAGUGAUAAGCCCAAGUCUCUUCUACGUCAUGAACCCUGGGAAAGUGAAUGCUGAGGGUCUGAAGGCUGUUAUGACUGAUGUUGCAAAGUAUUGCAGCAGACAGGCAACUCCCAUCGAAUGCCAUCCCUUACCCGGUGCCGCCUGCUGUGCACAGUUUUCAGGUGACAAAAAUUGGUAUCGAGCUGUUGUGUUAGAGGUGACCAGCAAGCAUGCGCAUGUAAUCUACGCAGAUUAUGGGAACAUGGAGACAGUUCCUGUCUCUAACAUCCGUCCCAUCACCAAAGAGCUUCUCCAGCAUCCAUUCCAGAUCGUCAGGUGUGCUCUGGAAGGUAACGAGCAUUUUCCUUCUGUGUGGCCCGCUGGUGUUUUGGAACUUUUUGGGAUGCAGUUGAGCAGGGGAGUUGUGGCAUCUGUUCAGCGCUUUAAUGGGACGUCCAACUUGCUAACCCUGACCCAGCCAUCGGGCCAAGAUGACAAAGAUAUUAACUCUGUUAUCCUCAGAUCUCUGGACAGAGGACAGAACAAGGCUAACUCAAAGUCGCCCGCGAAAGAGAAAAAAGACCCAAAGCCGCCCUCCGACGAGAAAAAAGACCAAACACAGACCGUCAGCACGAAUAAAGCUACUGAUCAAACUAAAACGGCAGAUGUUAAGAAUCGUGACCUGGAUGAUGGCACAAGUCUGAUACAAAGUGCCAGCUACCAUAAGAAAAAGGAACCGGAAAACGCAAGCAAGGCAAUGACUACAGUGGAAUGCACUAAACCAGACAAUGAUACAAGCUCAAAGGCGGGCACUGCUCCCCCCUUGUGCUGCUGUCUUGAGCUAAAGCAAAAGAUUGACCGGAUUGAGGAAUUGAUACUCCUACUCAUAAAAAAUGUUGGCGGAACCAAAUAGUCAAUAUUUCUUAUCAAGAAUGUCUAGUUUAAAAUCAGUUUAAACAAAUGGUUGUUCAUCCUACCUUUUUAUUUAUACUGUGUUUUAUAAAGUUUUAUAUAGCAGUUAACUAUUAACCUUCAGUAAUGCAACCUGCUCAGAUUUCCUGUUCCACAUGGUCAGUUUUUUGUUG